UUCCAAGCAUCCUUGCGAUCAAGAUGAUAAUGUUUGAGAAUCAUUUCCCUUUUUAAAAGCGCUUUCUCAUUGACUUGACUGUCUCGUUUUCGACCAACGGAAUCAGCAAAGUAAAUCUUCUUGGAUGACGAGCGAAAGUUUCGGCUUACUAGUGGAAGUUCUACCGUAAUUGAUACGCUGAAGAGUGGCUUCUUCAUAUUGCAUUGGCCCAACUGACUCGUAAACUAAGUCGUAUCAUAUUCAUCUCACUGUCUUACAAAUUUUAGUUAUAUGUGAGGGGACAAACACAUGUGACACCAUCUUUUAAAUUUUUUUCAAAACAGCACUCCCAAAAUCCGCAAGGUUGUUAAGUAAGCAGAGCAGAAUUUGUCUCCUAUUGAAAAGGCUCAGUAAUAAUCAUCAGCCCAUGUUCAGGUUUCGUCUGAUUCUGAUCAACUCACAUUAAUAAAUGAAGCAAACGGAAUGGAAUAAAUGGUCCUUCGACAUAAGAGCAAGUUCCUCAAAUCGAUCGCCCAACCUCUCCCGACCACUUGUGCAUCCGUCCGUCAGAUGCAUCUCAGAGUCAGGUAUUACAUGGAUGGACUUACCUGUUGUGUGGGGUUGGUCGUAUGAGAGGCUGAGAGCCCACCAACUUUCAAGCCAGUAUGAUCGAGACAGCCCACAACCAGCCCUAACUGAAAAAAGAGGACCCUUGAUGGACGCCUCACUCCGCCUGUUUGGCUCAUUCUGAAUGUUUUCAGAGUGCGGAUCGGAAACAACGCCUUGUACCUGAUCCGGUCUCCAAAGAACAUGGAUCGCUCCCGAUUGGCGAGUUGGAAGCUCUCCAAUUGGAGUCCUUUUUCCAGACUAAGUCUCAUAUUCUUGGCGGCAAUCACUGUGCUUAUAUUCAUUCAAGAUACUUCCGCCAUCAAAUGUUGGGUGUGUCGGUCGGAUGGGGAUCCCAAAUGUGCCGAUCCUUUUGAUAACACCAGUUUCCCCAUCACAGAUUGUAAGCAAGAGAAGCCUCGAGAACAUUUGCCCGGCUUAGAAUCUACGAUGUGUCGAAAAGUGCGCCAAAAAGUGAAUGGGAAUUGGCGAUAUUUGCGAUCUUGCGCAUGGCUGGGUGAGCCAGGAAUUGGCCGAGAUGAACGAUAUUGCAUCCAUAGAUCUGGCACCUAUAAUAUCCAUGUGGAAUAUUGUACUUGCAGAUCCAAAGAUGGCUGCAACGGUGCAGGCACGGCCCAAUCUUUCCUUCUCAUGACUGGGUUACCUUUGGCGUUAUCCGUUCUCUAUUCAAGACUGUUCCUUCAGCGGCUGUGAUCUCAUCGUUCUUGUAAAUCAACGAUAGGAUAUAUCUUUUUUACAUACAUUCCUUUACUACUCAUAAAAUGCAAUGCCACGUAAAAAAAGUUACAUAUGUAGAAACAACAAACGAGAUUUAUUUCCAUAGCGUCUGGCAUAUCACGUCUAAGUCCUCAGAACUGAGAACUCUAAAAGUCAUGACCCAAGGUCAGAGUGGAAUAUGAUGAAAAGACCAUACAGAAUAUAAUAUGUACCAUGAUGGGAACAAAAAAAGCACACGGUUUGGAUAGAACUAUGAUGUCAAGAAAGAAAGAUGGAAAACAAAAGUCGGAAUAAGAGGUUGAUUGGGAGGUGAUUGGCUGUAUAAAAAAUGCAAAAGGAAAAAAAAACCGUAAAUAUAAUGAAUUGGUUAAUGGUCUGUCAUUGCAAAAGGAUAGGUAAGAUGAUCUUUUGGCAAUAUAUUCAACAA